AUGCGAAUCGACCAAGAUACCCAAGUCAUCCUCAUUCUCAUGGUGGGGUUGGCACUUUUUGCUCAUGGAUACUUAUUAAAUGAUGAACAGGUAGAGAGUACUAUGGGACUGCAUUUUAUUUAUGGAUUUUCUGCCAUAACUCUGAUCUUUCUCAUCUUUGGUGGAUUUGGUGCCUGGAAAGAGAAGAAGUGGGCGCUAAUAACAUUUGCAGUUGGGAUGAUCCUGAUCUGUCUGUACCUGCUUGCAGGUGAAAUUUUUUUUCUGGUGCUAAAACCCAAGAUAGAAGAAAUCCUGAAAGAUUCAUUCUACACCUUCCUGCCUAUUGCUAAUGCCACACAGAGUCAUCUAGAUACUCUCAAUUAUACACAGGUGGAGUUACAGUGCUGUGGGGUGGAGAGCUACAUGGAUUGGGAAAACAACAUCCCAGGAUCCUGUUUGUGUGUUGAAGACUCUGCAAAUCCAUGUAUGGACGCUCCAAGAGACUCCAACUUGUUCAUAGAAGGCCAGACCAUCAAGAUUUAUUCUGAGCCUUGUCUUCCACUUAUCAUCCAACGCGACCUGCAGUUCCUUCAAAUAUUGACAGGCAUUCGAGUAGGAAUGAUAUUACUGUGGGUGUUGGCCAUUGGAUUGUGCGUUGCCAUCCUGUGUCAAAUUAAUAAGAAGCUGGAAACUCCUAAAGUGGUCUACAGUUCAGAAGCAAAAGCAGGAAAGUACAGUUGUCUCACAGAAACUUAUGAUUCGUGUCCAACUUGAUUUUUUUUCUUUUUUGCAGAAAAUGUAAUAUUAACAAU